AUGGCGCUUUCGGCGCGCGCCGCGCUGGUGGUGUGUUUGCGUCGCCUAGACAACAGUCACUUCCGCGAGCGGGACCGGGAGUUCCGGCUGGCUCCAAAUGAAAAAAUGAAGCAGGUUAUAAAGAAGACUAUAGAAGAAGCCAAAGCAAUAAUAUCUAAGAAACAAGUGGAAGCAGGUGUCUGUGUUACUAUGGCGAUGGUGAAAGAUGCCUUGGACCAGCUUCGCGGUGCAGUGAUGAUUGUUUAUCCCAUGGGGUUGCCAUCAUAUGAUCCCAUCCGGAUGGAAUUUGAAGAUAAAGAAGAUUUGUCAGGAACUCAGGCAGGACUCAGCGUCAUUACAGAAUCAGAGGCUCAGCUCUGGUGGGCAGCCAAGGAGUUAAGAAGAACAAAGAAGCUUUCAGACUACGUGGGGAAAAAUGAAAAGACCAAAAUUAUUGUCAAGAUUCAGCAACGGGGACAGGGAGCACCGGCCCGGGAACCUAUCAUUAGCAGCGAGGAGCAGAAGCAGCUGAUGCUGUAUUACCACAGGAGACAGGAGGAACCGCGUGUCGCGACCCUUGUCGACGCCUCCACCGGGGCCUCUGGAGCCGCCAUGGUCCUGCUACACGUGAAGCGAGGCGACGAGAGCCAGUUCCUGCUGCAGGCGCCGGGCAGCACCGAGCUGGAGGAGCUCACGGUGCAGGUGACCCGGGUGUACAACGGGCGGCUCAAGGUGCAGCGGCUGUGCUCAGGUGCGACCGGGGAGGCCGAGGAAACCGGGCGAUCGGGGCUGCAAGUUGGGCAGGACCGACAAGGAUCUCGGGCCAGGGCCGAGGUGCUGAGUUUAUGA